GACAAGCUCGGCGUCGGCCGGUUUGAUGUUCGAAUUGUGGCCGUGUCACCUCGGGGUCUGACGGGUAUAACUUUGGGGGGGCCGAGCAGACAUGAGGCUGGGUCACGUUGCUCGGCUGUUGGACGGAGAACAACCAUCAGAGAAGUUGGCUUUUCUGAUGGAUAUCUUGGCAGGUUUUUGAGGGUAACAGGUGUCUUACAAAGGAUUGUAGGCUGCUCGAGAAAUUCGAUCUCACAGGAAUUUGCCCUGCCCAGGGGGACCCCGCAAAUUGAGGUGACCUUCGAGGUGGAUGCCAACAGCAUCCUCAACGUCACAGCCGAAGACAAAGCCUCCAGCAAGUCGGAGAAAAUCACCAUCACCAACGAUAAGGGCCACCUGAGCCAAGAAGAAAUUGACCACAUGGUCCGUGAGGCUGAGGAAUUUGCCGAGGAGGACAAAAAUGUGAAGGAGAGAAUCGACGCUCGCAACAGCCUUGAGACGCAAAUUGGAGCCAGACAAGAAGUACAAGGUCGAGGCCGCACUAAGGGGGCGCUCGAGUGGCUGGACGACUACCAAAAUGCCGAGAAGGAGGAUUGCGUGGAGAAGCUCAAGGAGGUCGAGGCCGUGUGCAAUCCCAUCAUAACCGCUGUUUAUCAAAGGACUGGUGGUGCGCUAGCUGGAGACACGACAACAGAUGAUGGAGAUGAUGGCCAUGAUGAGCUGUAG